AUGGACACAGAGCGGGAAGCGCUGCAGUGCACAGCUUACCCUGAGGUUCAGAGCUUCUGCCAGAGGCACGGCUUGGCGUUCGAGGUGGUUGAUCUGAGGUGGGGUAUUCCGAACACACAAGCCACUGACCACUUGACCGCGGAACUCUGCUUAGAAGAACUGGAGCGCUGUCAGAGGUCAUCCGUAGGACCAGCUUUCGUGGCCCUCCUGGGCGGCCAGUAUGGCCCCUGCCCCGUUCCCCAGAGAAUUGAGGAAAAGGAGUGGGAGGCGCUAAGGGCUCAGCUGACCUCCAGGCCUCGAGAUCUGGAGCUGGUGACCAGACACUUCCAGAGAGACGACAACACGAUCCCUCCAACCUACGUCUUGCAGCCUCCAGGCGCGCUGGUGGUCCCGGGGCCCGAGGAAGCCACCUUAGCCUCUGUUCUGAGAGCUGGAGCCCAGGAGGCUUGGAGGCUCGGCCUCAUCAGCCAGGAGCAAUGGAUGUGCUACCAUCGAUCAGUCAUUGAGUGGGAGAUCGAGCGCGGCCUCCUGAACUCAGCACGAGGGGACCAGGGGGCUACUGUCUUCCUGAGAGAUGUACAGGAUCUCAGUAAACACAUCCUGGAUGACUGCUCUCUGAAGAUGGUGGACAGGCUGGCAGACGGCUGCCUGGAUACCGAUGCCCAGAGCCUUCUCAGUGGUCUUAAAGGGCGCAUACUGGAGGCUCAGCCUGGAGCCCUAAAGUCCCACCACCUGCCCUGGAGCCGAGACCUGGUCAACCCCAAGAACAAGACUCACGCCCGUUACCUAAAACAGCUGAGUGAGCAGUUCGUGGCCAGGGCCAACUGUCAGGUCCUGGAGCAGCUUCGAGAGCUAGACUCAGGCAGACAGGAGCUGGGUUGGCUUUACCAAGAGAUCCGCCACCACCUCUGGCAGAGCACAGAGUCUACCAAGGUCUUCUGCGGCCACCAGGAGCUCCUGGCCGGGCUUGGGCAGCGGCUCAAACAGGAUGAGAGCCAGAUGCAUACUCCCUUGGUUCUCUUUGGACCGCCAGGCAUCGGGAAGACCUCCCUCAUGUGCAAGCUAGCCCAGCAGGUACCAGAGCUGCUUGGCCACAAGACAGUGGCUGUCCUGAGGCUGCUGGGGACGUCAAGGCUGAGCCUGGAUGCCCGCGGCCUCCUCAGGAGCCUGUCCUUCCAGCUGUGCUUGGCAUACGGGCUGCCACUACCCCCAGCCCAGGUCCUGGAGGCCCACAGCAGGGUGGGUCACUUCUUCCACACUCUCCUCCACACUGUGUCCCAGAGGAACUUUGAGUCCCUGGUGUUGCUCCUGGACUCUGUGGAUGACCUGGAUUCCAUAUGCCAUUCUCCAAGGGUCUCUUGGCUGCCCCUCAAGUGUCCGCCGAGAGUGCACCUCAUCCUCUCUGCAUGCUCAGGCCAGCAGGUGUUACGUAACCUGCGACAGACUCUCCAGGACCCCAGUGCCUUCUGGGAGGUGAAGGCCCUGUCUGGCAGCCAAGGCCGGGAGUUCAUCCAACUGCUGUUGGCUGAAGCGAGGAGGACGCUGAGCCCCGGUCAGAGAGAUGUCCUCUGGGCCAGCCUCCCAGAGUGUGGCCACCCAGGGAGGCUAAGGCUGGCCUUUGAGGAGGCCCGGAAGUGGGCCUCCUUCACUGUGCCAGUGCCCUUGGCCACUUCAGCAGAGGAAGCCACACACCAGCUCUGUAUACGCCUGGAGGAGACACAUGGGCCUCUGCUGGUAGCUCAUGUACUGGGCUAUAUUGUAUCUUCCAGGUACGGUCUCUCAGAGGCGGAGCUGAAGGACGUGUUGUCUUUGGAUGAUGAAGUCUUGCAGGCUGUGUACCGGGACUGGACACCACCCAGCAAAGAGUUGCUGAGAUUCCCGCCCCUGCUGUGGGUGCGGCUGCGCCGGGACCUGGGACACUGCCUGGUCAGGAGGCCCGUGGAUGGUUGCAUGUUACUGGCCAUUGCACAUAGGCAGCUGUCCCAGGUAAUCCAAGCUCGCUAUCUGUCUGGGCCCGAGAGAGCCAAGAGGCAUGGCGUGCUAGCUGAAUUCUUCUCUGGAGCCUGGAGCCAGGGGAUCAAGAAACUUAUCACUCUGCCACUCGUGGGGAAGCCCCUGAACCUGGACCGUAAGGUGGCCCCACAGCCACUGUGGUUCUCAGGCACAGUGGCCAACUGGAGGAAGCUGACUGAACUGCCCUUCCAUCUGCUGCAUGCAGGCCGUUUGGAGGAGUUGAAGCAGGAGGUUCUGGGGAACAUGAGCUGGAUCUCCUGCCGGGGCAUUUCUGGGGGCAUUGAGGAUCUGCUGGAUGAUUUUGACAUGUGUGCUCCUCACAUGGACUGUCCUGAGGUCUAUCUGAUCAGAGAAGCCAUCCAGCUGUGUGGCCCUGCCAUCGAGCUCCGGGGCCUGGAAAAGAGCGUCCUAUACACUGAGCUCCUGGCCAGACUCCUUUUCUUUGCUGCAUCGCACCCAGCAAUGAUUGGACAGCUGUGCCAACAAGCCCAGAGCUGGUUCCGUGCCUGCCCCUACCCGAUGCUGGUGCCCCUGGCAGGAUUCCUGCAGCCACCUGGUGGGCCUCUUCGAGCCACUCUCACCGGGUGUCACAAAGGCAUCACCGCCGUAGCAUGGAGCCUGGAGGAGAAACUCCUGGUGGUGGGCACCCAGGAUGGCACCAUGGUUGUAUGGGAUGUGGAGGAACAACAGGUGGUUCAUGUUCUAAUGGGACACACAGCUGAAGUGAGGUGUGUGCGAGUGUUUGCCCAAGGGACUCUUGCCAUCUCUGCAUCAAAGGACCAUACCCUGCGUCUGUGGAGUCUGCUUUCUGGCCGGGAGAAAGUCACCAUUUUGGAUGGAGGGUUACCAAAUCCCAUAGAGCCCCAGAGCUGGGGCCUUCAUGUGGAUGAGAUAAACAAGGUUGUAUAUUCAACAUCUGGUGCAAAGAUCAACGUGUGGAAUCUGGAAACUUCAAAGCUGGUUUUCUGUAUCACGGGAGAUGUGUCUGAUCCCUGGGUCUGUGUGGCUUUGUUGGCUGCCCAGGGUUUGCUGCUUGCCCUGUCCAAGGGCGGCCAGGUCAGUCUGUGGAGCUCGGCUGUGGGAAAACUGCAGGAGAAACACCAGUUAUCUAGCAUCAAAGAAGAGACACCCACCUGUGCUGUCUCCAUCCCGACCCAGGCAAGACUGGUUGCUGGCUUCAGCAGUGGCUCCAUUGCCCUGGUCUCCGCUGGAGAAGACAAGUUGCUGGAGAAGCUCCCAGAAGCUGUGGGGCUCCUGGUGGUUUCUGAAGACGAUUCUCUUCUUGCAGCAGGCUUUGGAAGAUGUGUGCGGAUUUACUUGGCUGACUCACAAGGCUUCCACCAGUUCAUGGCUUCAGAUCUGGAACACGAGGACGUGGUGGAGACAGCAGUCUGGGGUCCUGAGAACAAUCUGAUCAUCACAGGGUCCCAGGAUACACUUAUCCAGGUGUGGAGUCUAUCAGAACAGGGGACCCUGCUGAAUGUCCUCGAGGGCGUGGGUGCCCCUGCGAGCCUGCUGGUCAGGGGUGGAACUCUGGUGGUGUCUGCAUCCUGGAAGUCUUCAUCUUUCAAGGUCUGGGAUCUCAGGUCCACUCAGAAGCUGCCGUCUCCGACUCCAUUUCUGGACCGCACGGGCCUCACUGCAGUGUCCCACUACGGCAGCUAUGUCUACUUCCCUAAGGUUGGGGACAAAAACAAAGUCACGAUUUGGGACUUGGCAGAAGGUGAAGAGCACGAUUCCCUGGACACGUCCAAUGAGGUCUGCUGUCUGGAGGUAGCCGAGCAGGCCAAGCUCCUCUUCACAGGCCUGAUUUCUGGGAUUGUGCUUGUGUUCCCCCUGAAUUCCAGGCAAGAUGUGCUGUGCAUCCCCCCACCUGAGGCACGCAAAGCUGUCAACUGCAUGUCUCUGAGCAAGAGCGAGGACCGGCUGGCCAUUGCCUAUGAUAACAUUGUCCUGGUGCUUGAUAUUAGCCCUGGGGACCCAUGUCCUGCCAUUGAAGGCCCCACCUAUACCUUUUACACGCAGCUGCCCGAGACCAUAGUGAGUGUGGCUGUUCUGGCUGACUACCGCGUGGUCUAUGGCAUGAGCGAUGGCAGCCUCUUCCUGUAUGACUGUGCAUGGUCUAAAGUGUUCCCGCUGGAGGCCCAUGGGAGCAGGGUGAGCUGUGUGGAGGUCAGCCACGGAGAGCAGCUAGCAGUGAGCGGGGCUGAGGACCCACUGCUGUGCCUCUGGGACCUGCAAGCUUGCAGAGGGGUGUUCGAGAUGAGCUAUGAGAGCUCCUGCUGCAGAGGGGUGCGGUGUGCCUGCUUCUCCAAGGAUGACAAGCAUAUAUUUGCAGGCAUGGAGGACCGAUCUGUCACCGCCUGGAGCACGCUGGAUGGCACCCUUUUGGCUGUCCAGUUUGUUCAUGCUGUGAUCAACCGAAUCAUCCCUACCUCCAACGGCUUCAUGGCCCCCACAAGCCACGGCUAUCUCAUCCGUGAGCGCUUCCAGUGCCCAUCAGUCCGAGCCUCCCAACAAGACCCUCUCAAGAACUUCAAGAAGGCAGUAUGGCUGGUAAAGACAAGGCAGAGGGAAGAGAUGGCUGUGGCAGAGGCCCCCCAGAAUACAGAACCAGUGGCCGUAGAGGGAAAGGAAUCAAAAUCAAAUAAACGCUCCCAGGUCUGCCUCAUACUCUGAAAGCCUACCAAGGCAGGGGCUUCAGUGACUUACCGUGACUUACCUGCUUGAAGGCAACUGACUCUGCUGGUGCCACAUGGACCCCAGCCUUCCUCUCAACCAUCUCCAUUUUCCUCACAGCUUUUCCUGGGUUCUCAGGCCACGCCCUCACGUUAGCAGCAGUCUGAGUCUCCCACCAUCCUCUAAGAACGUGGAGCAAAUCCUUGCCUGCCUUUUAGUCCUACUGGUGUAACUUUUAUCCUUGAGCCAAUUACUAGCUCUGAGAGGAUCUGCAAUCAUUGUAAGGACCAAGGGUGACCUGGUCGAAGUGUUGUAUGGUAGAGAGUGCCAGACCGUAGGGAUGUGGUGGGCACUGUCCUGUCUUCAUAGCAGUGAGCAUCCAGUAAUAGCUCAUAAUCCGUGCUACAAAGCCACACACAGCACAGUUAGCCUGUCUGUAGCUCCUGCUCUGAGACUCAAAAUGGUGUGUAAAAAAAUUCCCCCAGGUUCAGAUGGUGGCACAGCCUUCAAUCCCGGCACUCAGGUGGCAGAGGCAGGAGGAUUCCUGUGAGAGAAAGGGCUGGUGCUGGCUCAGGGCUUAAUUCACCUGUAGACUCCAGGUUUACAUCCCAGAACCCGUGAACACUGUCACCACACACUAUCACCAGCCUGCAAGCCUAGCCUCUGGGAACAGGCUAUUCCUGUUUCUUCCACUGCUGUGACUGAAAAAACUCGACCAAAAGCAACUCAGAGGAGGAAAUGGUUCAUUUGGCUUCUACCCCCAGGCCACACACAGUUCAUCACUGUGAGAAGAAGGGAAGGAACUCAAGCAGGGACUGAAGGCAAGCCUGUUGGCUAUGGCACACAGCAUGACCUCUGACUAGGGGACUCACUCCACCACAGACAUACAGCAGUGUCUCAGUCACUAUUCCAUUGUGAUUGUCAAGAGACACCAAGACCACGGCAAAACAGUUAAUGGGGGGUGGGUGGGUGCUUGAUCAUAAUUUCAGAGGCUUAGUUCACUGUCAUUACAGGGAACCUGGCAGCACACAUGGCGGACACUCAAAUAUAUAUAUAUAUGCCUAUGGGAGCCGUUCUCAGUCAGGCCACAAGCCUGAACCAUAGAGGAUGUGGUUUCUGCCUUUCUCCUGAUUAGCUAAACUUUUUCAUAAGCCCCAGCACCAUGUGCCCAGUGGGCUCCCUCCUCCACCAGUUAACAGUCAAGACAACACCCCAUGCACAGGCCCACAGACCAGUCUGAUCUGGGCAACCUGUCAAUCAAGACUGCUUCUCAGAUGACUCUAGACUAUGUAAAAUUGACAGUAAAAUCUAACAAGGUCGCAGAGAAUUCUGAGCAUUCUGGUGAGCUAGCUAGACACAUCUGUGAGCUCUGGGUUUGAUUAAGAGACCCUGCCUCAAUGAAUAAGGCAGAAGAGAAGUCAAUGAUUAUUCCUGACUCAACCUUAUGCCUUCAAAUACACAUACACAUGUACCCACAUGUGUGCCCAGGCACACAUGCACACGUACACACUCAUGGUGCCCACACCAACCUCCAUGUAUAGCCAAAAGUGCUGGUGCGGUCUUAUCCUCCUGCCUCCAUUUCCUGCUUGGACAACAGUCAUGACCACUAUGCCCAGCUAAGAUGCUUGGCUCAUUUAGUCCCUGACACACCAGAACAUGCUAGCAUCCACCUGCUUUGCUGCCAGACCCUCUGCCUUGAAGUGGCUCUCUCCACAGUGCCCACAGCCAUUGAGGGAGCCUGUCUUGUGCCUGGAGUCUUGUUUCUGUCAGACCUUAGAGGUGAGAGCCCUCCUUCACUCCAUGAGACACAAGACAGACUCAGCAAAAGCAGCAGAGAAACAAGAAAACGGCUCGUUUCUCUGUGUUGGAUACAGAACCAGGACUUGGAGGCAAGUGCUAUACCUCGAGCCACGCCCCCAGCCCUCACCUCACUGAGACAGUCCAGGAAGGGGCUUGACUACAUUCCAGCUUCAAAAUGAGGCCUUUGGAGAUACCUUGUUCAGUUAUUUCCCAAGUAAGGGUUCCAAUGCAUGCUUUAGCAAUUCUGAAAAUGUUAGCAUCAAAUUUUAUUUUUUAAAAAAAUUACUGGUCAUGGCAAACAGAAGUUGUGCAUGCCUUUAAUCCCAGCAUUUGAGAGGCAGAGGCAGGCAGAUCUCUGUGAGAUUAAGGCCAGCCUGAUCUACAAAGUGAGUUCAGGACAGCCAGGGCUACACAGAGAAUUCCUGUCAACAACAACAACAACAACAACAACAAAGGUCUGGAGAAAUGGCUCAGCAGUUUGAUUCAUCCUAGCCCCCCACAUCAGGAGGCUCACUAAAGGCACUGAUACACACACACACACACACACAAAUAAUUAAGAUCAAUAUUUUUAAAAAUUAUGGGCCAAUGAGCUGACUCAGUUGGUAACAGCCCUUGAUACUCAGUCCCAGCACACAGUUCAAUCCCUGGCACACAGUGUGGAAGCAGAGAACCAACUCUACUUGAGGU